GGGACAGCCGGCAGGCGGCCUGGGCGGCGGGCGCGGCGGGCCGGAGCGCGCGCGAUGCCUCACUUCACCGUGGUGCCGGUGGACGGGCCGCGGCGCGGCGACUAUGACAACCUCGAGGGGCUCAGUUGGGUGGACUACGGGGAGCGCGCCGAGCGAGAGGACUCGGACGGACAUGGCAACCACAGAGAGAGCAGCCCUUUCCUUUGCCCCCUGGAGGCUUCCAGAGGAAGUGACUACUAUGACAGGAACCUGGCACUGUUUGAGGAAGAACUGGACAUCCGCCCAAAGGUGUCAUCUCUUCUGGGCAAACUCGUCAGCUACACCAACCUCACCCAGGGCGCCAAGGAGCAUGAAGAGGCUGAGAGUGGAGAGGGCUCCCACCGGAGAGCAGCCAAGGCGCCCAGCAUGGGCACCCUUAUGGGGGUGUACCUGCCCUGCCUGCAGAAUAUCUUUGGGGUUAUCCUCUUCCUACGACUGACCUGGAUGGUGGGCACGGCUGGUGUGCUACAGGCCCUCCUCAUCGUGCUUAUCUGCUGCUGUUGUACCCUACUGACGGCCAUCUCCAUGAGCGCCAUCGCCACCAACGGCGUGGUUCCAGCUGGGGGCUCCUAUUUCAUGAUCUCCCGUUCACUGGGUCCAGAAUUUGGAGGCGCUGUGGGCCUGUGCUUCUACCUGGGAACAACAUUUGCAGCGGCCAUGUACAUCCUGGGGGCCAUUGAGAUCUUGCUGACCUACAUUGCCCCACCGGCUGCCAUUUUUUACCCAUCAGGCGCUCAUGAAACAUCAAGCGCCACCUUGAACAAUAUGCGGGUGUACGGAACCAUUUUUCUGACCUUCAUGACCCUAGUGGUGUUUGUUGGUGUCAAGUAUGUGAACAAAUUUGCCUCACUCUUCCUGGCCUGUGUGAUCAUUUCCAUCCUCUCCAUCUACGCUGGGGGCAUCAAGUCUAUUUUUGACCCUCCCGUGUUUCCGGUAUGCAUGCUGGGCAACAGGACCCUGUCUCGGGACCAGUUUGACAUCUGUGCCAAGACAGUCGUGGUGGACAACGAGACGGUGGCCACCCAGCUAUGGAGUUUCUUCUGCCACAGUCCCAACCUUACCACUGACUCCUGCGACCCCUACUUCCUGCUCAACAAUGUGACUGAGAUCCCUGGCAUCCCCGGGGCAGCUGCCGGCGUGCUCCAGGAGAACCUGUGGAGCACCUACCUGGAGAAGGGUGAGGUCGUAGAGAAACGUGGGCUGCCCUCCACAGACGCCCUCGGCCUGAAGGAGAGCCUGCCCCUGUACGUGGUGGCUGAUAUCGCCACAUCCUUCACUGUGCUGGUCGGCAUCUUUUUCCCAUCCGUAACAGGCAUCAUGGCUGGCUCAAACCGCUCUGGGGACCUCCGUGACGCCCAGAAGUCCAUACCAGUAGGGACCAUUCUGGCCAUCGUUACAACCUCCCUUGUGUACUUCAGCAGCGUGGUUCUCUUUGGUGCCUGCAUCGAGGGUGUGGUACUCCGGGACAAGUAUGGUGACGGCGUCAGCAGGAACCUGGUGGUGGGCACCCUGGCCUGGCCUUCACCCUGGGUCAUCGUCGUCGGCUCCUUCUUCUCAACCUGUGGCGCAGGCCUCCAGAGCCUCACUGGGGCACCACGCCUGUUGCAGGCCAUUGCCAAGGACAACAUCAUCCCCUUCCUCAGGGUAUUUGGCCAUGGGAAGGCAAAUGGUGAGCCCACGUGGGCACUACUCCUGACCGCACUCAUCGCGGAGCUGGGCAUCCUCAUCGCCUCCCUCGACAUGGUGGCCCCCAUUUUGUCCAUGUUCUUUCUGAUGUGUUACCUGUUUGUGAACCUGGCCUGUGCUGUGCAGACGCUCCUGAGGACCCCCAACUGGCGGCCCCGGUUCAAGUACUAUCACUGGGCACUGUCUUUCCUGGGCAUGAGCCUCUGUCUGGCGCUCAUGUUUGUCUCCUCCUGGUACUAUGCUCUGGUGGCCAUGCUCAUUGCAGGCAUGAUCUACAAGUACAUCGAGUACCAAGGGGCUGAGAAGGAGUGGGGUGACGGGAUCCGAGGCCUGUCCCUGAGUGCCGCUCGCUAUGCGCUGUUGCGGCUAGAAGAGGGGCCUCCUCACACCAAGAACUGGCGGCCUCAGCUCUUGGUGCUGCUGAAGCUAGAUGAGGACCUUCACGUGAAGUACCCACGGCUGCUCACCUUUGCGUCCCAGCUCAAGGCUGGCAAGGGCCUGACAAUCGUUGGUUCUGUCAUCCAGGGCAGCUUCUUGGAGAGCUAUGGCGAGGCCCAGGCUGCUGAGCAGACAAUCAAGAACAUGAUGGAGAUUGAGAAAGUGAAAGGCUUCUGCCAGGUAGUUGUAGCCAGCAAGGUGCGUGAGGGGCUGGCCCACCUCAUCCAGUCUUGCGGCCUGGGCGGCAUGAGACAUAACACCGUGGUGCUGGGUUGGCCCUAUGGCUGGCGACAGAGCGAGGACCCACGUGCCUGGAAGACUUUUAUUGACACUGUGCGCUGUACUACAGCCGCCCACCUGGCCCUGCUUGUGCCCAAGAACAUUGCCUUCUAUCCCAGCAACCACGAGCGCUACUUGGAGGGCCACAUCGACGUGUGGUGGAUUGUGCAUGACGGCGGCAUGCUCAUGCUUUUGCCCUUCCUGCUGCGCCAGCAUAAGGUUUGGAGGAAGUGCCGGAUGCGCAUUUUCACAGUGGCCCAGAUGGAUGACAACAGCAUCCAGAUGAAGAAGGAUCUGGCCAUCUUCUUGUACCACCUACGCCUCGAGGCAGAGGUGGAGGUGGUGGAAAUGCAUAACAGCGACAUUUCUGCAUAUACCUACGAGCGGACACUGAUGAUGGAGCAGCGCUCCCAGAUGCUGCGGCAGAUGAGGCUGACCAAGACGGAGCGGGAGCGGGAAGUCAGUGGCCUUCUCAGUUCAGGCCUCGGGCGGGUGGCAGGGUCAGGCCUUUGGAAACAACAUCAGGCCCAACUGGUCAAGGACCGGCACUCGGCCCUGCGGCUGGAGAGCCUGUACUCUGACGAGGAGGAUGAGUCUGCAGCAGGGGCUGAUAAGAUCCAGAUGACGUGGACCCGGGACAAGUACAUGACUGAGCCCUGGGACCCCAGCCAUGCCCCUGACAACUUCCGGGAGCUGGUGCAUAUUAAGCCGGACCAAUCCAAUGUGCGGCGCAUGCACACUGCUGUGAAGCUCAAUGAGGUCAUUGUCACACGCUCCCACGAUGCCCGCCUGGUCCUACUGAACAUGCCCGGCCCACCCAAGAACAGCGAAGGUGAUGAAAACUACAUGGAGUUCCUCGAGGUGCUGACUGAGGGCCUGGAGCGGGUACUAUUGGUGCGUGGUGGCGGCCGUGAAGUCAUCACAAUCUACUCCUGAUCCAAGUGUAGACUUGUGGCCUGGAGUAGAAGUGUCCAUAGUAACAGCCCCCUCCCAGCACCUACCUGCCAGCUCUGCUUUGCCCAGCCCUGCCCUGGACCCAGCUUUUCUAGGUCUCCUUGGAAACCAGGCCUGGGCCUAGCAAUGGAGAUGGAUCUGAGGUCCUGUGGGACCCUGGGAGGUUUGGGGACUUUGCUAACCAUCUAGCACCCCAGUGGCCCUGCCCUGUCUGGAGAAGACUGGUUGGGACUGACAUGGGGUUUGAAGUCAGCCAGCCCAGCCCAGUCCAGGAGCACUAUUUAUUGCAUAUUUAUUGUUUGGAUGUCAUCAUCAGAGAAGAGGGGAGGGGGUCUGGCCCAGCUUGCCUGCAGGAAGACCUGGCUCUGGCUACUGUGGGCAGGGACCCCCACCAAGCCAAGCCAAGCCAAAUGGAGCUGGCCAAGCUGAGGCCUGACUUUUUUCAAUAAAACAUUGUGUACUUCUGGG